AGGCAGGGCGCCGACGGCGGCGGGUCUGCGGCCCGCUCGCGCGGGAACUGCAGGAGGGCCAACGCCACCUCGGAGCCGUUCGACUGCUACACGGGCAAUGGAGAGAAGUACGUUGGGCUGCAGGACAUGACCGAGACCGGCCGGAAGUGCAAGAACUGGCUCGCGCAGGGCGCCUACAGCGCCACGCUGCCGGGCAUCGGCAACCACCAGUACUGCCGGAACCCGUCGGGCGAGAAGGAGAAGCCUUGGUGCUUCACUGUGGACCCGGCCGUGGAGUGGGGGUUCUGCGACGUGAAGCAGUGCCCAGAGGACGGCGCGGCCGCCGAGCCCUGGGUGGCACCCGAGGGCUCCAAGAGCGAGGGCGAGGGCCCGUGCCCCGUGGAAGUUCCCCAGGCUCAGGCAGGAUCACGUCGUGAAGAGCACCAAAGAGGACGGGAGGUGCACGUACGAGCCGCCCGAAGACCCUGGCUUCGAGCUCUACAGAGAGGGGCGCGCAUGCACGGACCACCAGGGGGCGACCUGGUGGCUGAUCGGCAUGACCAACACGACGGUGUCGGACCCCGCGGGCUGCAAGCUGCAGUGCUCGACGCUGCCGGGCUCGAAGUACUUCACCUUCUUCGGGGG